UGAUAUUUGACCAACUCUACAAAGAUGGUCAAAUCAAGUUGACAGGGAGGCAUAAAAUCCCACCCCCUGAGAAGUUAAGAGGGAAAACAUAUUGUAAGUGGCAUAACAACAUGCUACACUCCACAAACUCAUGUGUGGUUUUUUGCAAUUUAUUGCAGGAUGUCAUUGAGAAGGGUCGCAUCAAGCUCCCCGAGCCAAAGAAAGAUGCCAUGUUGGUGGAUACCAACCCAUUUCCGAAUUUGCUUGGUGUCAACAUGGUUAACCCAGACUUCUCAAAAAUUGAGCUCCCCCGUUUCAAGCUGGUGUUGGAUACAACAACGCAACAAGGGACCCCCACCAUGGUGUUCGAGCAGGGAGAGUCAUCGAAGGGUAUGCAGGCCAACUCGGCCGCUUCUAAGGUGUCAAGUGGGGUGGAGAAGCUAUGUGCCCAAUGCAAAAGGAGUUCUAGACUUGAUGAGGUGAGACCGAAUCGACCAGUCCAACAAAGAAUUGGUCCACCCCAUAGGCCGAGAUACCCAUCCUAUCAAAGACAAGUAGAGGGGGUCAUUCAACCGACAUGGGGGCAAAGAAGGCAAUGGGUGGCACAUGACCCUCUUCCCAUGAGAAGGACUUCUAAGAUGCCCAAUGUGCCACAAGGAGUGGGGCAUACUUAUGAUAUGCAUAGUCAACCAGUAGCUAUUGGGGGGAUGACAAAGACUCAAAGGAGGAGAUUCCUACGUAAGAAUGCCAAAGCACGAAAGGGGCAAUACCCAGUAGUACCUGGUGAGAUGGUGAGACCAACACAACAAAAUGAGGAUGGUCAUGCUAGUAUUGAGGUGGACAACUCUAUGACCACGGGUUCCAAAGUGAUAGUGUCUGAUCAGGGCAAGCAUGCCCAAGUCCAAAGUGAUGGUAAGGGUCAGAAGGAAAAAAAAUGGUGUAGGGGGUGAUUCAAAGUCAGCUUGUGAAGAAUCAUCUCCUUUGAACAACCAUGGCCAUAUGGUGUAUGGUUGGCUUGUUUGGUUUAAUAUAUGGACUUGGCAGUG